CAACAUGGCGGACGAAGCUGAUGAAAUAAUUACGACUGUGAUAGUAUGACAAAACAUUGGUUUUCUUGCACGUAAUAAUGAGUUGAAAGUACACAUUCAAUUUAUAACAACAUGAGCGAGCAACAGGCAAUUCCAGACCGUCCAGCAACUUCAAAAACGCCUUCAAUCACUCGGUUUAUUCGCUACGAGCAUCUUAUCGCUGGCGUGUCUGGAGGAGUUACGUCAACUCUUGUGCUGCAUCCGUUGGACCUGAUUAAAAUAAGAUUCCAAGUUAAUGAUGGAAGUGGAAAGUUACCAGCUUACAGAGGACUUACUGAUGCAGUGAAGUCAAUUGUGAGAACAGCUGGCUUAAAAGGAUUAUAUCAGGGUGUGACACCUAAUGUUUGGGGAAAUGGAUCAGCGUGGGGUCUGUACUUUUUCAGUUACAACAUUUUAAAAGCAUGGAUGCAGAAAGAUAGUGAUAAGCCUUUAGGGUUUGAGAGGCAUCUGAUAGCAGGAGCUGUGGCAGGAAUAGGGACUUUGUCAGUCACAAACCCAAUAUGGGUGGUGAAAACUCGCCUAUGUCUCCAGUACUCUGAUCCCCUUGCAGGAAAAACACAAACACCACAGUACAAAGGAAUGUUUGAUGCUCUCUUAAAGUUGUGGAGACAUGAGGGGUUGAGAGGUUUAUACAAGGGUUACAUUCCAGGUAUUUUUGGCGUAUCACACGGAGCACUACAAUUCAUGGCCUAUGAGGAGCUGAAGAAAGGCUACAGUCAAUAUUUUGGAACACCAAUCAACAAGAAGCUGAGUUCAACUGAGUACCUUGUAAUGGCUUCACUGUCGAAAAUUUUCGCCGCAACAGCGACAUAUCCUUAUCAAGUGGUUAGAGCAAGACUUCAGAAUCAGUACACGAUGGUGGAAUACAAAGGCGCGUUGGAUGUGAUUAGUAAGACUUUCAGGCAUGAAGGAGUAACAGGAUUUUAUAAAGGAUUAAUUCCCAGUGUCCUCAGAGUAACGCCAGCAUGUGCACUUACAUUUGUGGUGUACGAAAACGUUAUUCACUUCCUUCUGCCGGACAGAUGACAUCGACAGGAUAAAUGAUGGAAUCCGGCAACGGGAGACGAUGGGCAAUACUACAGCACUUGGUUUUAUUACCAGACUUUAUUCUGCAACAGUUCCGACUGAUUCAUUUAUGGAAAAAAAUAUAUUAACCGAGCGAAGUUAACCGCCCAGUGCGUUUACACAUUUUAUCGAUAACUUCAUUUACCAGCGGAAUGUGAAUAUGAAUUUUUUCAGAGCAACUUUUGUACAUCAAUGCAAAAGGUAUCCAUUUUUACUAUCAGGUCUUAAGGGUAACAAUGAUUUCUCCCAUUGUUCUUUUAUAAAGAACCUUCCCCCUCCCCUUUUUCCCUUGUCCCAUACGGGUAUCAAAUUUAUGUACAUCCCCUGUUCCUUACGUUAAAAUCUUUUUCAAUAACUUUCUCCAUUUGUUACUGAAUUGUUGCGAUGUAAAGUUAAACCCAGUUUUUAUUUAUGGCUCUGUUUUUACCUCACAGCGACAUUUCCUUGUUGUUGUUGUUAUUUUUCCCUGGUUAUUGACAUUAACUUCAGUAAAAAACGGUGAAAGCUACUCUUUCGCGAUCGCUAUUAGAUGAGUGGUAUCGAGAACCUACUCCGACCCAUGGACUACACUGCCCUUAACGCUUACUCGUGUUCGUGUUAUGAAACUCAGCUAAAAAUAGUCCGUGUAAGUUAAAUUUAUUUACAAAGAGAUACACAGUUUUUGUUAAAUAAUGAGAUAAUUUAUUUACACCACUCAAGAAGCUGAGCCACAAUUGACCCAGCUCAUAUCACUUUGCUUUGAAGAGUCUAUUUUUAUACGUUGUCAAGAAACUCGCCUUGCUUUGCCUCAUUUGCUUUGUGUUCAGGUCUCUUAUUGUAAAUUAGAGACAAAUGAACAUCAAAUGAUUGGAAGACUAGUCUUAGUUAGAAUAUUGAAAUAUCAGGCAGUAGCCUUUGGGGGUUACGGUGAGAGUGGGUUUCUUUUCUGCGCUUACUAUUUUUCAUAGGAUUCUUUGAAUAUGUUUGCAUUAUAUAAAAGGAAAACUUCGCCGAGAGAAACUGUGAUUUUGAUUUCAAAUCUAACAUUCCUGUAAAAUAUUUUGGGUGAUGUACUUAAACGGUGUAAAAAGUUGUUUACAACUUGUGUUUACUUAAGCUACUCUAAAUACUUUUUUUUAACACAUUGCAGUUCUGAAUACCUUUCUUUUAGCGUGUUUAUGUUGUAGGCAAACAUUAA